UUUCUGAAACGCAGAAAAUGAUCAAAAUCACAUAACAGAACAUAUCUGAAAAUUUGAUGUGUUCAUCUGUGUAGCCAAAUUAAGGGUGAGUUGCACCACUCUUGCGGAAACAUUUCCUCUUCACUCUCACUCACUGGAUCCAUUCAACUUCUUCACUCUCAAUUUCACGUUUUCCCUACUGCCAUGUUGCGCAGGUCCAUUUUGCAAAUAUCUUCUCGCCCAGCUCUAAGAACGAAACCCAGACGUUUUGUUUAUCAGCAGAUACCUUUACAUCUAUCUUCACAAAGGAAUUUCUCAAGUACAUCAAAACCAGGGGGUGCCUCAGCUUCUGGGUCUCCGGGCAAUCCACCUGAGUCUAAUGGGACUCUAUCAAAGUUUUUCAUUGGAAGUGUAGCCUUAGGUGCUGCUUUUCUGUCAGCGUAUCAAACUGGUUAUUUGGAUCAAUAUCUUAAGAAAGAGCAUCAUAGUGCUCCACAGGAAGCUCAUGUCAAUGCAACCAUUGAAGAAUUGAAGACUGUACAACAUUCAACGGACCAGUUAAUUUCACCUAACGAGAAAUUAAACAACGAAAAUCCCACAGUACAGCUUGCAGAGGGGAAAAUUGAUACCCAUUUUUCACAGCCAGAAGAUGUAAUAGAAGAUCAAGUGGAUAAGCUAAGUCCUGUGCAAGACAAAUUUAAUAUUGCCGAAGAUGGUAUUGCUGCUCCAGAAGAAAACCAAUUGCCUGAAUAUUCUCAAAGCAGUCUAACAUCUGAUGAUCCAAGUAAAGAAUCUGUUGUGCAAUCUGAUGGGAUUAUUGGAAUAAAAAGAAUUGAGGCAGACAAUACCCCAAGACCAGAAAAGGGAGUUCAAAAUACAUUCACAUCUACACAGAUCAGUUCAGUUCCAGAUGAAAAUGGGACAGAAAAUAUUCCAUCAGUGCAACUAGGAAUACAAGAUUCAGAGGAGAAAAAAGAGAGUGCAUUAGGCAAAUAUAUAGAGCAACAGCCCACCCUCCUUGAGGAGUAUCACUUGAGGAAUAAGUCAGAAAGAAGCCCUGCUGCCUAUAUAUAUAGUCAUGGCUUUAGUGAAAAUAGCCAUUUCCCUGAAGGAGAAGAGGUACUUAGUGGUGCAAUGGAUGAGUUGAGAGGUGGUUAUAUGUCUGAGGAUGGGAAACUGGUUUUUGAUUUUUUGCAAGCCAUUCAUGCUGCUGAGAAAAGACAGGCGGACUUAGAUGCACAUGUUUUUAAUGAAGAGAAGAAAUUGUUGAAGGAAAAAUAUGAAAAGCAGUUGAAAGAUGCAGCUGCCAUGGAACUUAUGCUCGCCGAGGAGGCUGCAAUGUUGGACAAGGAGCUAAAGAGAGAGAGAGCAAAAGCAGCCCUUGCUAUCAAGUCACUUCAAGAAAAGAUGGAAGAGAAAUUGAAGACAGAACUUGAACAAAAGGAAAUUGAAGCUGAAUUGAAGUUGAAACAAGUUCAGGAAUUAGCAAAGGCAGAGUUAAAUGCAGCCAUAGCAAAUGAGAAGGCAGCCCAAAUUGAAAAAAUGGCUGAAGCAGAAGUUAAUAUAAAUGCCCUAUGCAUGGCAUUUUAUGCUAGAUCUGAAGAAGCCCGUCAAAGUCAUGCUACACAAAAUUUUGCUUUGAGAGCACUUGCAUUGGAAGAUGCAUUAUCUAAAGGAUUGCCAAUUGAGAAAGAAAUAGCAUCUUUGCAGGCUAAUCUUGGAGGCAUAGAUAAAGAUUCAGUUUUGGAUUUGGUGCUAGCAUCCCUUCCUGAAGAAACACGAAGUAAUGGCACAGACACGCAACUGCAAUUAAAGCAUAAGUUUGAGGCCUUAAAAGAUAGUGUGCGACACUUCAGCUUUUUCCCACCAGGAGGGGGAGGUAUACUGGCACAUUCUUUGGCACAUGUAGCAUCCUGGUUGAAGGUUAGGGAAGACGACCAAUCGGGUGACGGAAUUGAAUCUGUCAUCAAUAAAGUAGAGAGUUAUUUGGCCGAAGGAAAACUUGCUGAAGCAGCAGAUUGUCUAGAAGAAAGUGUGCGAGACACAGAAGCUGCAGAAAUUGUUGCAGGUUGGGCGAGGCAAGCAAGAAACAGGGCCAUUUCUGAGCAAGCUGUGCUACUUCUUCAAUCCUAUGCCAGUUCCCUUAGCCUUACAUGAUUCUCAAUUUUAAAUAUUUACAAAACCAUGUUGAUUCAACACCUAAGGUUGCAGAGAUUAUCUUUGGCCGAUUAUGCCAACGGAAUUAGUGACCAACAAGGAUAAAAGUUAACGUUUUUCUAUCAAAGCAGCUGAAAUUCGUUGAUCCUGUGAUUUCUAUGCAACUCCAAUGGUUUUGGAGUUUUGACUCAACUGAUAUCAGGCUCUGUACAAUUUUUCCUUUUAUUUUCCUCAAAACAACAAAAUCGUUGCAUUGCAACCUUUUUGAGAUCUCAAUAAUAUACCAGGGGCUUUCAAUUCAAA